AUGCGACUCCUUUUAUUUUCGUUAUGCUUCACUAUAGCACUGUCACAGGUGUACUAUCGCCCCGUUCAACAGACGCCAACUCAGAAGAUUGUUGUUCAACAACCCCAACAGAGAGUUCAGCAACCACAACAACGACAACUCUAUUACCCUGUUAGAACUAAUUGCAACAAUAAGUGUAAUCAGCAGACAAGAUAUCGCUGGAAUUAUAGGCCUGUCGUGAACGUUGUUCGACCCCAAGUGAAAACUAUCCAGACUAAGCCGUAUGUCCCUCUGCCAAUUCAACCAGUAGCAACUUAUCCACCUCCAGUAGUAACCUCUACUUUACCUACACCGCCACCAGAAUCUACAACUGUGCCUUCCACAACUACUGUACCUUCUACAGUCCCAUCCACAACAACAACUACAACAUAUUCAACCACACAAACUCCUUCCACAACAAGCUCAACAACACCAUCAACAACUUCAGCCGAGAGAACAGCGGAAACAUUACAAACUGAAGGAACAACCCCAAGCACGACUCGCUUCAUGCGACCCGAGCGUAAGCAAACACAGAAGCCAAAAUUCUUCAAUCCCUGUCCAACAGGAAGAGCUCUUCUGAAUGAAUUUGAAACUCCAAUUUCGUGUAACUACCUUAACCAGCCAAAUGGAGGAUGUCCUGAAGAGUAUUGGUGUCACACUGGUGCUUCAUUUGCAACAACAGCUUGUUGUCCAAAAACAGAACCAGUUAAUCGUUGUGAGCAAAGACGUGAUGUGGGCGAAGGAAAUGAACUAGUUGCUAGAUGGUAUUUCGACAAACAGACUCGUUUAUGUAAACGUUUCUUAUACAAAGGAAUCAGAGGAAAUCAGAACAACUUCGUUGCUAAGGUACAAUGUCAAGAUGCAUGUGAAAGCGCUGUUGUUGUGGAUAAUGCCAAUCCCUGCAGAUUCAAUCAACCAGCUAAGCAUCAGAACAAUACUCUGAUCUUCUGCGGUCCUAAUGAUGAUUCCAUGUGCCCAAAAAAUUAUUAUUGUCAUGUUGGUGAGAAUCCCGAUGUGACAGCUUGCUGCGAGUCCAGCGGAAUUAGUGACCCAUGUUUGUUGGCACUUAAUGUUGGCCAAGGAAAAUCUUUACUUAAAAGAUUCUACUAUAACACUUUCUCUAAGAGAUGUACUGAAUUCGUGUACAAAGGGCUUCGCGGAAACGAAAACAACUUUUUGACCGUUAAACAGUGCCAAGACACCUGCCAAAAAUGGACUAAUCCUUGCCCAAAUCCUCUGAAUGUGGCUCAUAAACAAGAAUGUUCAAGCAGCGCAAGCGUAUGUGGUUCAUCUCAGUGGUGUCACGUUGGAGCCACACCAGACACCACUGUUUGUUGUCCAACUGUCUCUACAGAUGCUUGUACUCAGCCAAUUCUUGCUGGAGAAGGCUCUGCUAACUUAACAAGAUGGUAUGCUGAUCCAAACGAUAAAUCAUGCGGAAAAACUUGUAAGCAAUUCACAUAUAAAGGAACUAAAGGAAACCAAAACAAUUUCUUAUCCAAAGAGGAAUGCGAAAAUAAAUGCAAACGCGAAUGCAAAUCUCCAUGUGGUUCUGGAAGCGAGAUGCUUAUGACUCCUGACAAUCAACCAAGACUUUGCUCUCCAACUUCACCUUGUCCAAAUACUCAUUGGUGUCACGUUGGAAUCACUCCAGAUUCUACUGUGUGUUGUUCUGCAGUUUCAAACACCUGUGAUCUACCAAUGGAAAGAGGAACUGGAAAUUCUCAUUUAACUCGUUGGCAUUUCAUUGCCUCUCAGAAAAAAUGUGUGAAGUUUAUCUACAGCGGAGAAGGAGGAAAUCAGAAUAUGUUCCUGACAUUGGACGAUUGCAUGGCUGUUUGUCCUGUGUAUGAAAAUCCUUGCUCUACCGGAAAACCACUUUUGAUCGGCUCCCAACCUAAGAUAUGUAGCCCAAGCGAGCGUUGCCCAUCAACUCACUUCUGCCACAUUGGAGUCGAUGAUAAACUGAACUACUGCUGUCCCAAAAAUGGCGAUCCAUGUGACCAAGAGCUAUCAAGUGGAGCUGGUGGUUUAGCUCUUACAAGAUUCUAUUUCGAUAAGGAUGUCAAGAGAUGUCGCGAGUUCGCUUAUCAAGGAACUAAAGGAAAUGCGAACAAUUUCUUAUCAAUGGAAGAUUGUGAACUUGUCUGUCCUGUUGUACCAAACCCAUGCAAACUAGGAGAACCACUCAUGACUUCUUCAAAAGAACCAGUGAUUUGUGGAGGUGAAGAAAGCUGCGCAAAUGGCUUCUGGUGUCACGUAGGAGCAACUCCUGAAACUACGAACUGUUGCCCAGGAACUCGUCGUCCAUGUGAUCUUCCUCUGGAAACAGGUGAAGGAAGUUAUAGCCUGGAACGUUGGUUCUAUGAUGGUGGAAUUCAAAUGUGCCGUCCAUUUGUAUACAAGGGAAUGAAAGGAAACUCAAACAAUUUCUUGACAAAACAAGCUUGUCGUCAAUCUUGCAAGGAGUUGAACCCUUGCGGAUUUGGGAACCCAUACACCGACAAGAGUGGUGACAUGGUUCAAUGUAGCGGAGCCCAACUGCUCAACAGCUGUCCAUCUGGUUUCUACUGUCAUGUAGGUGGCUCACCAUUGAACACUGUUUGUUGCCCAAAACGAAAUGUGGAUCCUUGUGAUCAACCACUCAUCGAAGGAAUAGGAAACGAUGACUUGCCCCGAUGGUUCUUCGACAAGAAACAGAACAGAUGUGCUCCUUUCAAUUAUGGUGGAACUGGAGGAAGUGAAAAUAACUUCGUCAGUCAGAGAACAUGUGAAACUACCUGUCCAGUAUACAGAAACUAUUGCCCACACGGUAUCCCUCUCAUUGAAGACCAACAAGUUAUUUCCUGCGGAAUUGAUAAGGGUUGUCCUGAAGGAUUCAUUUGCCAUAUGAGCAGCGAGUAUAAUGUCUCAAUUUGUUGUCAGGACCCUAUGGACUUCUGUCUUUCUCCAAGAGAGCAAGGACCAUGUAACGGUACAGAAGCCCGCUACGGAUACAAUGCUGAAACAGACACCUGUAUUCAAUACAAAUAUGGAGGAUGUGAAGGAACCCUGAAUAACUUCAAAUCUUUGCAAAGAUGUACAGAAAUUUGUUGCAAAGAAUACAAGAGAAAGCAUUAG